GGUAUCUAAACGGUGCACCAGCCACCAAUGAAACGUUGAGGCGGUCUUUAGAACCAUCAAAGCGGGUAUAUAUGUAGACCGGCAGUCGCUGAUGGUUACCAUCUUAAGUCUUUUCUCGACCUUCAUUGCCUUCCAGACCUACUUCCACGUUGGCAGCUGCCACGGCCGUGAUCCCAAAGCAAGGUCCGUAAUCACAAUCUCGACCUCGGCCUCUGCACAUCAUGGCCGCCCCGAAAUCUACCUUCCGCUCCGCCGUGCACACUCGCCUCGACAAACCUCUCGUCAGCCUUUUCCGUGUCAUCCAAUUUGCCUUCGCCCUGGGUUCCGGCAUAUCCUACGCCAUUGAACUCUCGCACGAGCAUACUAGCUCGGAAUUUAUAUUUGCACAGCUCGAAUUUGCCAUCACUAUCAUUACGCAGAUCAUCGACGCUUUUACAUUACGUUCCUAUCGCCUGACUUUCCUUGUAGAGUCAACUAUCUGCGUUCUCUGGCUCGCACUAUUUGGUGUCUUUUACCAGAUAUAUCCAAAUGGAGAAGAGCUACAGAGCCAAUACGACGACAUGACCUUGGGUCGUGCGAAGACGGCAGUGUGGCUAGACUUGAUCAAUUCCUUGCUAUGGUUGGGGAGCGCUGUAUUUUCAACGGUAAUGUGUUGUGCGGGGACAAAUGGUGCGAUAAAGUGGAAUCUCGAGCAGAGUAGAGGCAAAAAUUCGAGGAAAGACCGGGAAGGUGCCGCAGAGAUGGAAUCAGGUGUAUUUCACGAGCGUCCGCAAGGUAGCAGGUAGGAUCCGUUGCCGUUAUAUGAAGAGAUAUUCGCUGCAUCGACGGCGUGAUGAAGGGUUCGAGUUCCUGG